CACACACUGUGCAGAAUUAGAGUAGAGAAGAAAGCUUCCAGAAACGUCCAAAUAUUAAGUGAUUAGGGCGUGCAUUUCUACUCAAUUUUUUAACCACAAAUUGUGCAAAAAUGUUUUCACCAGUUCAGAUUCUGAAGCAAAAUGCUGAAGAGGAGAAAGGCGAGACGGCUCGUCUGUCAUCGUUUGUUGGGGCCAUAGCCAUCGGUGAUCUCAUCAAGAGUACAUUGGGGCCAAAGGGAAUGGACAAGAUCCUUCAGUCGACCAAUCCUAUGAACCCUCUGACAGUGACAAAUGACGGAGCCACCAUUUUGAGAUCAAUUGGUAUUGAUAACCCAGCAGGCAAGAUCCUUGUUGACAUAAGCAAGGUUCAAGAUGAUGAAGUCGGAGAUGGAACGACAUCUGUGACUGUACUUGCCUGUGAGCUGCUGAGGGAAGCAGAGCAACUUGUUGCACAGAAGCUGCACCCACAGACCAUCAUAGCUGGCUGGAGAAAGGCUGUAGAAGUCGCUGACCAGGCCUUGACCCAAGCUGCAAUGGACAACAGUGCUGAUAAGGAGAAGUUCCGCAAGGAUCUGUUCAACAUCGCUAUGACAACACUCAGCUCCAAGAUUGUGCAACAGGGUAGAGAGAUGUUUGCUGAUCUUUGUGUCGACGCUGUGCUAAGAUUAAAGGGCAAAACUGACCUACAGGCCAUCCAGAUCAUUAAGAAGCUUGGAGGCAACAUGAGCGACUCGUAUCUUGAACCUGGAUUCCUGUUGGACAAGAAGAUUGGCGUUAACCAACCGAAGAGGAUUGAAAACGCACGUGUCAUGGUCGCAAACACGGCCAUGGACACAGAUAAAAUCAAGGUGUUUGGUUCCAGAGUUCGUGUUGAUGGCAUGGGCAAAGUUGCUGAAAUUGAACUAGCCGAGAAGGAGAAGAUGAAACAAAAAGUGGGAAAAAUCCUGAAGCACGACAUCAAUGUCUUCAUCAACAGGCAACUUAUCUACAACUACCCAGAGCAGUUGUUUGCCGAUAGUGGCGUGAUGGCCAUCGAACAUGCAGACUUUGAUGGCAUUGAACGUCUAGCUCUCGUACUUGGCGGUGAAAUUGUUUCAACCUUUGAACACCCUGAGAUGGUUAAGGUUGGACACUGCGACCUCAUCGAAGAAAUCAUGAUCGGUGAGGACAAGUUGAUCCGAUUUGGCGGUGUAGCUCUUGGUGAGGCCUGUACCAUUGUCCUACGUGGAGCAACGCAGCAGAUCUUAGAUGAGAUGGAGCGAUCUCUUCAUGAUGCUCUGUGUGUUCUCUCCCAGACAACUAAGACGUAUAAGACUGUGCUGGGAGGAGGUUGUUCAGAAAUGCUGAUGGCUAAUGCCGUUAAUCAACUAGCAGUACAGACACCUGGGAAAGAGGCAGUGGCCAUUGAGGCCUUUGCCAGGGCCCUUGCCAAGUUGCCGACCAUCAUUGCAGAUAAUGCAGGUUAUGACAGCGCUCAGCUCGUUUCACAACUAAGAGCUUACCACACCCAAGGAAAGAGCACCAUGGGACUCAACAUGAACGAGGGCACAGUUGGUGACAUGAUCGAGCUAGGUAUCAUUGAAUCUUACCAGUUGAAGAAACAAGUUCUCCAGAGUGCGUCUGAGGCUGCCGAGAUGAUUCUACGCGUGGAUGACAUCAUCAAAGCUGCACCAAGGCAAAGAAAUGACCCUGGUCAUCAUUGAGGUUAAAUUCAUCUUAGCAUCAUCACUUCAAGCUAGCGUGUACCCCUCCCCUCUCUGCAUAUGUCUCUCUCCAUCUCUGUUCGAUGUUCUUUAUGCCGUAAUUUAUUAGGCAUCUUCCCAGCACCAUUCUGAGGAUGCAUGGACAAUCUUAGGGCUUCAGUAUUAAUUUUGUUACUCGGGCCUGAAAUCUAUGUUCGUUCAAUGUUAUUUACAUUGUCGAAGUAAAUAGGGCAUCAUUCAGCAUCGUUCAGCUAGCGGAUCAGUAUUAAUCGUAUAACUAGGGCCAGGCGAUUGUGUGUUUGUCUACAUUUCAGUUAAUCCGUCAAAGAUAAUCAUUGUAAUGGAUUGCACAAAAAGGUCACACUUACAUUCGUAUUUUAAAACUCAGUACUGCAGUAAGAGAUUGUGACCCUCCAUAUUGCGAAUUGUAUAGAAACGUCGUCUGAUGGAGCCCUCUUUGGCUCGCUUCUCUCAGCUUAUGUUAAUUGACCCUAUGGGGGACUCGCACACACCAGGGUACAAAAUCCCUCUCAGACACCAGUAGUUUGGAUAGGAACUCUUUGAGCUUUACUUAUACACUCCUUGCGUGUGAUGUCACACAUACCCGGACCCGAACAGCGCCUAUCAUUGACUGAGAUUUGUGCGCAGCACGCGCAAGUUUGUAAUGUUUGACCUCGGGAGUGGUGGCUAAUGCAAGGGGUUUGUACCCAUAAGGAUACCAUUAAUACAUGUAUCUGUAUAAUCAUAUGCCGAGACAUGGCUAUAAAUACUGUUGGGUUUUUUGGACUUGGUUUGUUUUUUAGCAACAAUUUCUGGAAAUAUCAUCUGAAACAGGAAUUGUGUUGUGUUUUAAAAAUGUAGACACUGUGUUUAAUGAGUGGUUUAUGCAUAGAGGGCUUUUCCUCUUGACACUGUGGCCCUGGUUCGAUUCCCAGCUGUAGGGCCAUGGGAGUGAGUUGGUUCUCUCCUAUGCAACGUUUUUUUCUUCUGAAAAAGUCGAACACUUUCGGUCUCUGCCUGUGCUGUAUGGUUAUAGGAUCAAUGUGGCUGACUGCCAAAGGCACCCUUGCAGUUCAACUCCUCUAAAGUUUGCCAUAUUGUCAUUUGAAUAGAGACACUAAGAAUACUCUGGCCUCGGCUAUUAAAAGGUGAGAGGGAAUAACUGUUUGUGGAAUAAGUGCAUUGUUUGUUUAAUGCAAUUGUAUUUCUUUAACGUUUGUUUUAUAAUUAGGUUUGCAUUUUGAUAGUUUCGGCCAUUUCUGCACAAUUUAUUUCCUUUAACAAAAGCGAACAAAAGGUAUGCAUUGGCAAUCUGUGAAAACAAAAUAAAAAUUGUUCAAGUAUGGAUAUUGAUGACAUACAAUUUUGUCUUUGAAGAAUAGGGUGGUAGGAAGAUAUCUACCACAGUAAUCUUUGAAAUCCAUUGAGUGAUAUGGCCGCUACUGUGUGAAAAUAUAGUGAAUGUUAUGUCCUGUAAAGUGACUUAAUAAGUGAAAAUAAAAAAAUUGUGCUGAAACUA